GCCAUCUUUGAAAUACAUUCCAUUUCUGGGUGGCCUUCCGACAAAAACACAAAGGAUAUUUAAAGUAUUUCAUGUGAACGACACAGAAAGAAAGCGACUGUGACACGAAUUUCAGUAUGAACUUGUCUCAAUGAACUUUGAAGCUUCUCAGGCUAGCAUAGCUUCCUCGCUGCUAGGAAAGCAACCCGGAAGUUAUCAACACAUCGCUCAGCAGAGGCCAAGCUUGAGUGUAAAAUGUCCUGAUUGUGUGGGAGUGUAUGAAGUAUAAAUGUCGAUAACGUUGGUGGGAUCAGCGACUAACUGCGGCUUUCGUGAGAAAGAACGAGAGCGGAGUAUGAAGAUGAACUUACUGGAUCAAGAAGAGAACUAACGACAACGUUAACUACGGACAGUUUUCUGAAAGCAUCAAGUUGUGUUACCCUGAGCAGAUGUCCGUCAAGAACAUCUUCCCUCUGAGCAGCACCAGUGGAUGCGCUCCAGGAUGGAAGAGGAGGAACCGCAGCCCCCACACGUGAAAGAGGAAGCGGAGGAAACGCAGCCCCUUCACAUUAAAGAUGAACAGGAGGAGUCACAACCCCCUGACAUUAAAGUGGAAGCCCCUCCCCAUUUUAGAGAGGAAGAAGAUGACCCACAGUAUUUCUACCUUGAAAAGGAAGAGGAAGCGCCACAGCCUCCUCGCAUUAAAGAGGAAGAGGAGGAGCCACAGCCCCCCUGUAGUACAGAGGAAGAGGAGCAUCUCAGCAUCAGACACAAAGGAGAAACAAAGGAGCGUUCAGUUGUUGUUGGCCAUGAAAGUAGUGUGGUGUGUGGUAAGAGAUUCUCUCGAAAAUGUUCUUUAAAAAGACACACAGAGACACACACACAUUCUGCCUGCUCAGUUUUUGGUGAAGGAAUCUUUGAUCCGUCACAUUUGAAAGAAGACACAAGAAUACACACUGAAGAGAAACAUUUUCCUUGCACAGUGUGUGAUAAAAUAUUCUCUAAGAAAGGUCAUUUAAAAUUACAUACAAUUGUCCAUGCAGGAGAGAAACCUUUUUCUUGCACGGUGUGUGGUAAACAAUUCUCUCAGAAAGGCAAUUUAAAAUUACACACAAUUGUACACACUGGAGAGAAACCUUUUUCUUGCUUGGUGUGUGGUAAAAGAUUCUCUCAAAAACGUAGUUUAAAAAUACACACCAGCGUACACACAGGAGAGAAACCAUUUUCUUGCACAGUGUGCGGCAAAGGAUUCUAUGACAAAUCUGGUUUAAAAACACACACAAGACUACAUACUGGAGAGAAACCUUUUCCUUGCACGGUGUGUGGUGAAAGGUUCUCUCAGAGGGGGAAUUUAAAAAUACACGAAAAUGUACACACUCGAGAGAAAUCUUUUGCCUGCUCAGUUUGUGCUCGAGGAUUCACUACAAAGUCAAAUUUGAGAGCACACACUAAAAUACACACAGGCGAGAAACCUUUUCCUUGUACCGUGUGUGGUAAAAGAUUUUCUCAAAAACGAAGUUUAAAUAUACACACAAGUGUGCACACUGGGGAGAAAGCUCUUUCCUGCACGGUGUGCGGUAAAGGAUUCUAUGACAAAUCUGGUUUACAAAUACAUACAAGAGUACACACUGGAGAGAAACCUUUUCCUUGCACAGUGUGUGGAGAAAGGUUCUCUCACAAGAGCAAUCUAAACAUACACACACGUGUACACACAGGAGAGAAACCUUUUGUAUGCUCGGUUUGUGCUAGAGGAUUCACUAAGAAGUCAUAUUUGACAGCACACACAAAAAUACACAUGGGAGAGAAAACUUUUCCCUGUUCCCUGUGUGGUAAAACCUUCUCUCGAAAGGUAGGUUUAAUAACACACACAAGAAUACACACUGGACACUAGCCUCGUCGCAAUAACACAUUUUACUGGAUGACAAUUAUCCCCCAAAUUAUUGCAGAUAAACGAUAUUAUGGACAUUAUUUAGAAAUAUUGAGAUACCAUUCAUGUAGUGAGAAUGUAUACAAUAAUAACGUGAGUACACCGUGGCAAAAGCAUUAAGCUUUAAUCUUAGUUGGAACGUCAAGAGCUUAUAAUUAAAGUGAAUUAAACGACAUACUAAAUGUAAAAAAAUGUAACAAAUGUGACAAAUAAACGGGCAGCUGCACGGCGGCCGAGUGGUUAGCACGCAGGCCUCACAGCUAGGAGACCGGAGUUUAAUUCCACCCUCGGCCAUCUCUGUGUGGAGUUUGCAUGUUCUCCCUGUGCAUGUGUGGGUUUUCUCCGGGUACUCCGGUUUCCUCCCACAUUCCAAAAACAUGCUAGGUUAAUUGGCCACUCCAAAUUGUCCAUAGGUAUGAAUGUGAGUGUGAAUGGUUGUUUGUCUAUAUGUGCCCUGUGAUUGGCUCAAAAGUUUAAAAGUACACACAAGAGUAUACACUGGAGAGAAACCUUUUUCCUGCUCAGUUUGUGCAAGAGGAUUCAUGAAGAAGUCACACUUGAGAGCGCAUGCGGAAAUCCACACUGGAGAGAAACCUUUUCAUUGCUCAGGGUGUGGUAAUUGUGAGCCCUGAAAGAAGUUUGAGAUGGCUCUGAAUGCUCUGAAUGCAGUUUUUUUCAAACACUGAUGUCACAGGGAGCCAGACUUCCUUAUAAGGGCGUGCCAGGAUAUGCCUGCCCUCCUCCCACCUUUUUCACCGUGCUAGCAUAAGUUAGCGUUUGUUUGUGUUGCAAUAUCGAGUGUACAUGGAGCAUCUUACCUGCAGGCACCGAUGUCUGGAACCCGGGUAGCCGAUGUCGUGGAAAUGUUCCAGUAUUCUGGUUUCUCCUGAGCUCCACCGCACCAGCAGUGCCUACAUUGCCACUCUUUGAGUUCAUACACGGUAAGUCAGGGGCAGCUCUCCGAAGGCUUUAUUCAUUUAUGAUCAACUCUUGUGCCAACAAAAUUCAAAAAUGGGGUUCAGCAGUAGUCUGGAAGUCCUCAGGAGUGCUUGGUAGUGUGACCAAUCACAGCAAAGUGGGCGUGCCUGGAGGCGGGUCAUGGGUGGAAUGAAUGAAAACAGACCGUUUUGGACAUACAGCUGAAUUGGUGCAGAUUAGGGAAGAUCUGGAAAGUUGCUGUGUGGGUUAUUGCGUGGAGAUGCUCUAUGGGAGUCCACAUUUCAAUACAAAGGGCUGAAAGUCAGCACAAUUGGCCCCCAUUUCACAAAAAUGUAAGUUUAUGUUAUGUUUGUUUAUUUCUUGUUUUGUUUGAAAUAUAAAAUUGUGUGAAAUUCAAUGAAAAGUGUUUAUAUAUGAUCAAUAAAGUGUA